AGCCACGCCUUGUGGGCUGCAACAUGGAGGCGACCAGUGGAAAUGAUGAGGUUUCCGGGGAACUGGCGUCUGUGGCGCACGCUGUUUCUCUCCCAGCCGAGUCUUACGGCAACGAUCCUGAUAUUGAGAUGGCUUGGGCCAUGAGAGCAAUGCAGCAUGCUGAAGUCUACUACAAACUGAUUUCAUCAGUUGACCCACAGUUCCUGAAACUCACCAAAGUGGAUGACCAAAUCUAUUCUGAGUUUCGGGAAAAUUUUAAGAAACUCAGGAUAGAUGUAUUGGACCCAGAAGAGCUCAAAUCAGAAGCAGCUAAAGAGAAGUGGAGACCAUUCUGUUUGAAGUUUGAUGGGAUUGUAGAAGACUUCAACUAUGGUACUUUGCUGCGACUGAACUGUUCUCAGGGCUACACUGAGGAAAACACCAUCUUUGCACCCAGGAUACAAUUUUUUGCCAUUGAAAUUGCUCGGAACCGGGAAGGUUAUAACAAAGCAGUUUACACUAGUGUUCAGGACAAAGAAGAAGAGAAAGGAGCCAACAAUGGAGGAGACAAAGGAGCCAACAAUGGAGGAGAAGAAGAGAAAGCCAACAGAGAAGGAGAAAAGGAGAAAACCAAAAAAGGAGGAGAAAAAGAGAAAGAAGCCUACAAAGAAAUCAACAAAAGUGGUGAAACAGCUAUGUAAGGUAGACAGGGAACAGCACUCUAGAAGCUGUGAUUCAACUGAGCCUACAAGUACCAUUAUGCUACUUGCACAGGCCCCUGUGGUCAAAUG